AAUGAGCAUUCUGUUAUGGUUAAGUUUUUUUUUUUGAGUUUAGUAGCUCACACUAGCUUUUGUAGCUAGUCAUUCAGCAUUUGUUGCUCAGCUUUUGUAGCGUUAACAACAUAUUUUGUUUAGUAUUUGUUACUAUACAAAUAUUAUUUAAGUUUUUGUAGCCCGAUUUUUAAAUUCCUUUAAUUGGCAAGACUAAUUUUGGUUUUUAAUUAAAAAUGGCUUUGAAAAAUAAAAUAAAUGAAAUAGCUCAAUUCAUUUGUUCUGAAUAUCCUGAUAUUGAUUAUAAUAAUUUAUCAAGGAGCCAUAGUUGUGUCAAGCACAUUUGCAUGGUCUUUUUUUAUGCAAAUAGAAACAAGGACAUGAGUAAAACUGUUAUUAAUUCUUUAAAAAAUGAGAAGUCUGCUUUGCGCAAACUCAUUACAUUAGUAAGGUGUGGUCGAACAGAAAAUGUCCCAUUAGAUUUAUGUGACUUGAGUAGCUCUAUGAACGACACUAAUGUGUUAGAAUGCUUAAGUAAAUAUAAUUAUUCAAGUAGAGAUUUCGAAAAAUACAAUAAAUCUGUUCUGAGUAAUGUGUGUAAAGAGUUAAAAAUAUCUACUGAUAAAAAAAAUUAUAUUAAAAUUCUUAAAAGAUGUAGGAAUAUAUUUAAUGUUAGUUGUCCACAAAAUUCUGCGGAUAGUUCAUUAAGUAAUGUUGAAAUACCUGAUAGCGAUGUUACAAUGUGGAGUACAAUCCAACCCAGCCCACUUAAAUCUGAUGAAACAAAGUGUUUAUGUACUUCAAUAAUGGAAUUUCCACUAACACAAAAUCCUAUUAUGGAAUAUUGUAGUAGUAAUGAAUAUCUUACAGUGAAUAGUUUUGAUUUAGUUAUCUCUGAAACUGUAAGUACGCUGGUGUCUGCGUCAGUAAACAGAAGUCUUGCUGUAAAAAGUCCUGCAAUAGGAGAUUUUGAUUUAAAAAGUGAAAUUAAUCACCAUAGUACUCUGGUAAAAGACUAUGGUAAUCAUAAUGUCACUCCUGUCAAACAUUAUGGGCCUAUGAAACAGUAUAAACGUACGGCGACGCCUAUAAAAAAUGCAUAUUACAGCAGAACACCUGUUAAGUCUGGCAUAGUCUUACCUAUAGGUAGUAUGAAUGAUUAUCCUAAUAAUCCGGAAAAUUAUAGAAAAUGUUUUAAAAGUUGUGUUUUUCAAGAANUACCCUAA